AUGUCGCUGGUGCUGAAGCAGCGACUAGACCGAGAGGAAUGUUCCACUUACACGUUACAAAUCAUCGUCGAGGAUGGCGGGGUCCCGAGUUUCAGCAGCUCAUCACUACUUGUUGUCAAAGUCGAAGAUGCUAACGAUAACUCGCCGGUAUUCACGACUGACAAGUAUCAAGUCCGAAUAUUCGAAAAUACCGACCCCGGUUCAUUAGUCUUGAACGUAUUCGCCACCGAUCCCGAUUUAGGUAGCAACGGUGUAGUUUGGUACAGCUUCAAUGACGAGGUCCACCAAAAUGUUCGGAGUACGUUUAAACUGAACAGCUUAACGGGAGAUGUUACUUUGCAUUCGAAUAUUGAUUACGAAGAACAGUCGGAAUAUUCUUUCGUAAUGGAAGCUUACGACUUCGGAGACGUUCCCAACACGGGCAGUGCAGCUGUUGUCAUCAGCGUCAUUGAUCUCAACGACAACCCACCUGAGAUUAAAAUUAACUAUCUUGACAGCAACAACAAUUUCGCAAGCCUUGAAGAAGUUGACAACUCCGACACAACGGUUUGUUUGGUUACGGUCAACGAUUACGAUGGUACCUCCUUGAACUCCCGGUUCAAUUGCUUCAUAAAUGAUUCGCGCUUCUACAUGCAAGCAAUUUAUUCAGGCGAUACUUUCAUAGUGAAAACGAAUGAGUUCUUUGACAGAGAAGUUGAAUCGAAAAUAACCGUAUCUUAUACUUGCACUGACACAGGAAAUCCUCCUUUAUCGACAACCGAAUACAUCCGAAUCAUAAUUACCGACGUUAAUGACAACCAUCCCGAGAUCAAAUAUUUUUAUAAUAAUAUUAAUGACGACUACGAUUAUAGUCCUUAUGAACCUAACAAACCAGGCGUUCGAAUUGCUUUCAACAAAUCCGACCGAUAUUCAUUUAAUGUUUCGGAACUUGCACCGAUAAACACUUCUUUAAUUACUAUCAUUGCUACAGAUAGAGACGAAGGACAAAAUUCCGCUCUGAAAUACCAAAUAAUCGGUGAUGAUAAUUUAUCCAUGGAGCAACAAACCGUAAUUAUCCGAAAAUCCUUCGAUAGAGAAAAGCAAGAUUUUCACGAAUAUCGAAUCGAAAUAUCGGACCAAGGUGAACCGAUGCAGCUAACAUCUACAAUGUAUAUCUCGAUACUCAUUCAAGACGAAGACGAUAAUUAUCCUAUUUUUGGCUCGACUUUGUACCAUUUCACCAUCCCUGAAAACGAACAAUCAGGCAGCCAUGUAGGAGUUGUUACGGCAAGCGAUGCCGAUGUUUCAGAUGGUUACAAGAAUUUUGUGUACUGUCUUGUCGGCGAACCACAAAAUGAAAACGCGAAGUAUGGAAACUUUACAGAAAAUGUUAGCAAGAGAGUCUAUAACAAGAAUGAUGACGGGCAUAGAAAUGAUUACAAACUUUUUGGCGUCAACCCAAAAACUGGAGAAAUAAAGACAAAAAUAUCUUUUGAUCGUGAGGUGAGUGAAUUUGAAGGCCUGAGUGUUUAA